CGACAAGCCGAGGCUGGAUGGCGGAUGACAGCACCGCAUUACACCCACUGGGGAGGCACCAAGGUAAAGACUGAUGAUAUAUCAAUCCAUAACUAUAUCCUAUAUAUCGGUGACGCAACUCAACCCUUAUCUCCACUGUCCUUGUAUCACACCUUCGUCUAACCCUCACGAAGGAUAUCCGAAAAGAUGCCCCUUGCCUCAGUCCACCUCAUCUCCCUCACAAACGACACCAGCAUCCCAUCGUUCCUCACCACCAUCAAAUCCAGCGACGUCCAACCCCUGGUAGUCUCAAAAGUAAUCCGCUGGAUCAUCACGCCCUCCAAAUUCGACGUCGACGCCCUCCUCAAGCCAAAAUGGGACAUCCUCCUCAUCACUCCCGGAACUGACCCUCUCCCCGACACAAUCACCAAGUCCAUUCAAACACACUGGUCCAGCACAACAGGCAUCCCAUCCCGUCUCACCACCGACUUCGCCAAGACAAACACGCACCUCCUCCACCCAGCAAGGACCCCCAAACUCACCGGCUCGCUAUCCAACCCACGCAUCGGCGACAGUUCUCAAACCUUGGAACUCUCAUCCGAAUUGUCCCAAUGGGUCCGCCAAUUCGCCGAGACAUCCACGGGACGACAACCGCUAUCUAUGCUCAAUCUCCUCGCAUUCAAAGAGGGCAUGAAGGAAAGCUACUUGACCUACGGGCGUGCGUUCGCCGAGAGUAUCGGUGCGAAACGUGGCGGAACGGCGAAAUUGGUCGGGAAUAUUGUCCCCUCCCCUUCGAACAACGCUCACUCUACGCCUCCGCUUGGCGGAUCUGAAGCGCCCUUGGAGAGUGUUGGCGCCGCUGAAGGUGGUAAGGGUGAGGGUAAGAAAUGGGAUGAAUUCGCGCUGGCGUCGUACCCUUCAAUCCUGCAUUUCGCGGAUAUGCUAGCGAGUGAGGACUAUCAGGCUGUCAAUUUGAAGUACCGUGUUCCCGCGCUGGAGGAUACACUGAUCUUGUGUACGAGUGAGAUCGAGGUUGAAGAUUUGCUGGCUGGAAAUGAGAAGGGAGCGAAGUCGAAGUUGUGACGAAGCUGCACAAGGAAGAACGUGUGGUCCAGGGCAGGUUAUACGGCUUGCAUGGUGAAGGACGUGGCGUGUCUUGCUGCACUGUAAAUGAAAACAUGAUCUGACAUAACAUACUAGUAUUGCACUCUUGAAGUCGUAUCGACUGUUGAUUCUUACAUAUGAAACCCCUCAACGAGUGAACAUCGCCU